AUGUGGGUGCUGGUGCAAUGGAAAAAGCAGCGUACUGUGACUAUAAUGGAAGAAACGGAAGAAAUGAUUGGAAAAGAAGAGGAGGAAGAAUUAGACAUAAAUUAUAAUGGGAGGACAUAUAGAGCAAUACUUAAAAGGAGAAGCGAAGACAAAUCAUUCCUCAAUUGCUUAAAUGUGUCAAAAGAUGGAAAGGUGACCAGCAAAAAAUUGAAUCCAGGAAAAAAAGAAAGAGAUCCGAAUGCACUGAUUAAAAAAAAGCAUGCAGCUGAAGGUCAACUGGAGUUGAACAAGAAAAUAUCCAAUUUACCAAGAUUAUCAAUAUCCAAAUCAAGACAAAUCCAACCUGCAUUGGUUCAAAAUAAUAAUUCAGGACAAAGUGAUAAAACACUUGUUCCUCGUCAGUCGAUUUUGAAAAGAAAAACUGAUGACCAUGCUGCGCCAAUAAAUGUACAUUCAGAUGUAAAAUUUAAGAAGACAUCUUUAACCAACAAGGAGGAUUCAAAAAAUGAUUCCACCUCAGAAAAAGCAACCUCAGAUGAAGACGCUUCUUUUUCCAAAAAAAAGAAACUAAAAAAGGAUGAGAUUAAUGAUUCUCGUCAGACAAUCUUGAAAGAAAAACCAAGGAGCAAAUUAUUGGAAGAGACUGAAUUUCGCAAAGAUGAACAAAAAUUACAUGGAGAGUUGACAGAUAAUGAUUCAGAAAAUGAUUCAACCUCCAGUCAAGAUGUUUCUCUUCUUUCGAAAAAGAAAAAGAAAUUGAAACACAAAUCGAAAAAAGAUAAACUUUCAGAUUCCGGUUCCAAUUCUCAAAAGAAAAAUGUGGAAAAUGAGAAAUCUGUCUUGGACAACAAACAGACAGUCGCUUCUGAUUUCGAUCAAUCGAAAUCAAAAUCAAUAGCUGGCGAGGACAUUGAGGAUUCAGAAAAUAAACCCAGCGUAGAAGAAAUCCUACAAUCACCGAAAAAGACUAUUUCUAAUAAAUCAUCUAAGAGUGGUAGAGUUCUUGAUUCUCGUCAAUCAAUCUUGAAAGGAAAACCAAGGAGCAAAUUAUUGGAAGACAGUGAAUUUCGCGAAGAUGGCCAAGAAUUAAAUGAAGAAUUAUCAGAUAAAUAUUCAGAAAAUGAUUCAACCUCCAGUCAAGAUGUUUCUCUUCUUUCGAAAAAGAAAAAGAAAUUGAAACACAAAUCGAAAAAAGAUAAACUUUCAGAUUCCGGUUCCAAUUCUCAAAAGAAAAAUGUGGAAAAUGAGAAAUCUGUCUUGGGCAACAAACAGACAUUCGCUUCUGAUUUCGAUCAAUCGAAAUCAAAAUCAAUAGCUGGCGAGGACAUUGAGGAUUCAGAAAAUAAACCCAGCGUAGAAGAAAUCCUACAAUCACCGAAAAAGACUAUUUCUAAUAAAUCAUCUAAGAGUGGUAGAGUUCUUGGAAAAAAUUGA